GAACCUAGUAUCAUCAGCAACCUACCAGCAACCUACCAGCAACCUACCUGACGAUCUAGCAACCUCGCCUGAAAUAUUAAUUUGAAGAUGCGUGUCAUUUACCUCGCUGUGUUUGUGGCGUCCAUUGCCCUUACCCACGGAGCUAACACCAGGCUACAGAGGAAAGAUCUGCUGGAUGGUCUUCUUGGUGGUGAUCUUGUAAGUGGUGUCGUAGAUGGUGUCGUAGAUGGUGUCGUAGAUGGUGUCGUCGAUGGUUUAGUUGAUGAAGGUGGUCUGUUGGGUGGUCUUCUUGGUGGUGAUGUUCUAGAUAACCUUGUGGGUCCGAGCGGUCUAAUCAGCUCCGUGAUUGGAAAUGUACUAAGUUCUGACGUAGUGGGCAGUCUGUUGAGUGAUGUUGGCAUUAAAUCCAUCUUGGACUCUGUGAAUAACCUGGUGUCUGCUGUGGUAGGUGUUGUGGAUGAGCUACUGAAGGCUGUGUUGGCGGUUUUAGAGGGCGUCGAUCUGUCCAACACAAGCGAAGUGAUCAAGAAAUUUGACGCCAUUCCCUGUAACAAACUGUGCCCAGUGUGUGCCCUCCUGAAACCAGCUGAACUUCAACCAACUUGUACCAGCUACUGUAAGGCAACAUGCCGAUGGGUGUUUUGAUUCAUUCAAGCAGAUAUUAACGUCAAGUCCUCUCUUGGAAAAAUAUUCAAUGUAUUUCGUCUUGUGCUAAGCAUUCAAUAAAAUCCACCUCUC